AUGCAAAUCCAAAAGAUCCUUGUUCUCGCUGCUCUAACGACAGGUGUGUAUGGCAAUUACACGAUUGCAACUUGCGUGGGUAAAACUGUAAGUAUAAACAAUCGGUUGGUCCAGUGUCCAAUCCAAAUAAAACAAAUAUCCAGUUCUAACAAAAUAUAUAGGGAAUCAACAAUGAUAUAACUACAACCUCCUGCAAAUCUCUUUUUGCGGAUACCAGCUGCUCUGAUUGCAAAGUCGAACCAAAAUCGGAUGGCAGUGUACGUUGUAGAAGUUCCGGGAUAUUAAUUGAUCCUCUCAAGGUAUAUUGUUCUCGGUCCUUGAGUUUGGAUGAGCGGAUGCUGAUCAUAAGACGGAAUAGUGGCUUCAGCAAUGCACGAAAGACGGUGCUUCAGGAGCAUCUGGAAACUCAAUAG